GUCUGGAAGCCUUUUCACCUAUGUUGCUGUUCCUCUGCUUGACUGGGAAUGUGAAAUGAACAAUAAGUCCUUAAUGUAAAGCUGAGGUUAAAGUGUGUCAGGAGGAAAACCUACCAAACCCCGAAACACUGUUGAGUAGAUACACUUUCAACAUGAACCGUGCAUUUAGUAGGAAGAAAGACAAAACAUGGAUGCACACUCCUGAAGCCUUAUCAAAGCAUUAUAUUCCCUAUAAUGCAAAGUUUCUUGGCAGUACAGAAGUGGAGCAGCCCAAAGGCACAGAAGUUGUAAGAGAUGCUGUUAGAAAGUUAAAGUUUGCAAGACAUAUCAAGAAAUCUGAAGGCCAGAAGACACCUAAAGUUGAGUUACAAAUCUCAAUCUAUGGUGUAAAAAUUCUAGAUCCAAAAACAAAGGAAGUUCAACACAAUUGCCAACUCCAUAGGAUAUCAUUUUGUGCUGAUGAUAAAACUGACAAGAGGAUAUUUACUUUCAUAUGCAAAGACUCAGAAUCAAAUAAGCAUCUGUGCUAUGUAUUUGACAGUGAAAAGUGUGCCGAAGAGAUAACUUUAACAAUUGGCCAAGCAUUUGACUUAGCUUACAGGAAAUUUCUGGAAUCUGGAGGAAAAGAUGUUGAGACAAGGAAACAGAUCGCAGGUUUACAGAAAAGAAUUCAAGAAUUAGAAACUGAAAACACAGAACUGAAGAACAAAGUUCAAGAUUUGGAAAACCAGUUAAGGAUAACACAAGUGCAUGCACCUCCACUGCUGCACAUAAAGUGUGAUAAUGAUGAACAUAUGUUUCAAAGACCCUCUACUUUUUUCUGGUGUAACAAUGAGGAUUCACCACCUCCUUGUUUAGAUAUCUCUUCCAUUACGCUUACUCCUAGGAGUUCUCCUGACUCUAGACUACCAGCUGGAUUGUUAAUACCACCACCUUCAAAAAGUGGUCUUCCAAAGCCAUCCAGUGAAUACAGUUGUCCGAGACCUCGUGCAAGCUGUGUGACACCUAAAUCGCCCUCCACUGACAUCUUUGAUAUGGUUCCCUUUUCUCCCAUAUCCCCUCAGUCAUCAACACCUACUCGCAAUGGCACACAGCCUCCUCCAGUACCCAGUAGAUCUGCAGAGAUCAAGAGAGACCUUUUUGGGGCAGAACCUUUUGACCCUUUUAGCUGCGGAGCAGGAGAUUUCCCUCCAGACAUUCAGUCCAAGCUAGACGAGAUGCAGGAGGGGUUCAAAAUGGGAUUAACUCUUGAAGGCACAGUAUUUUGUCUUGACCCACUAGACAGCAGAUGCUGAUGCCAAGAAACUAAAUGUGAAAUUCUUACACAGUAUUUUUUAAUUCUGAACAUGUAUUCACAAAUAUUAUCCAUGUGCCAAAAUAUGCUUUUUUUUCAACAUGUGAACUCGUUUGAGGUUUGCUUCUGUAAAAAAAAAAAAAAAAAAAAAAAGAAAAAAAAAAGAAAAAAGACUUAGUUCCAGUCUUUCCCUGUACAAAUGUAUAAAGUUGUACUUUGAAAUAUGAAUUAAAUUACACUGUUGUUUCUUUCCCUCGCACUUUGGCCCAAGUUUACUACUCUUUACUACUAUUUGCCUGGAAGCGUUCUUCAGAAAGCUCACACGUACCUCUCUGCAGAGAUGCAAGCAUGAUUUUCACGUAAUGCUUUACUUGCCAGUAUUUUGAAAAUAAGCUUUUAAGCCAUUAUUUCAAGUUCCAUCUGUGAAAUGAUUAAUUGCAGUUGCAAUGAAAAAGCAGAAAAUAUUAACCAUUAAUAUAUGCUUAAAAAGUUGGUAUGCCUUGUAAUUAAUUUCUAUUACUGUGUACAGUUAUUACACUGUAUAUCUGUUAUUCACUUAUAAAAUCCGCAAGAUUUUUAGGUCAUUAAAUCAUGUUUUAGAAGCUUACAAAUAGUGUGUUACUUAGCAUUUAAUAGCAUAGGAGAGCUGCUAAAUUGCAGAAAUGAAGAAGUACCUACUCUCUGUUUUGUUUUAUAGCUGAACAGUAAAGUGUACCAUUUGGAAUUGAUUACAAAACAAAAUUCAUAAUGAAAAUUUGAACGUAAGACUAGAAUUUUGCUUCUACUGACGGAUUUAUGUGAUGUUGUGCACAAGCAGGCACUCUUUGCAGAGGUUAAUUCUGUGAGCUACUUUCAGCACCGGAGUGUUCAGUUGGGCUGUUGAGCAUCGUUUUCAUAGUCUCCUUUGAUGUUCUGUGUCUUAAUAUAAGUUUGAAGCUUGCCGCAAGUUUUCGGUCCUUCAUACUCACUUGUUUUUCAUGUUACACAAGCAACUGCACACCAAAACUUUCAGCUGCUAAUGAUUUUAACGCUGACCUUUCUAUGCAUACUCUUCACUAACCUUCAGCACAAGCAAUAAAAUAAUAUCUGGAGCUUAUCUCAGAAAAGGAUUAUCAUUACUCUUUCAAGGCCCAAACCCCACGUUUGCUCAAUUUAAUCCUCUUAACAAUUCUGUUAUUCUCCCCUUAAAACAGAAAGAUGUUGAUAAAAAUAAAAAACAAACUAAGAGCAUUUUGGAUAUUUUUUCCUUGUUUUCCAGAGAGGCCUUUUUCUGACACUUACGGUUUACAGUUUACACAAAAAUGUAUUUUUGCAAUUUCAUUAAAAUAUGUGUAUUUUUACACCCCCUUCAACAAAGUCCUUCAAAAGUCUGCUGAGAUGAUGUUAUUCCUUUGCUGAGUUUGACUCAUGCUCAUAUACCCUGCUCAAUUGGGAUGCCAAUGUUCUGCAUUGCAUUAGUCUUCCUCUCUAUAAUUCUUCAUUGAAUAUUCAUAUAGAGUAUCAUAUAUAUUAAAAAAUAUAUAUCUAUAAAAUCACUAACAAAUAGAAUAGUAUGUUUCAUAAAGAAAAGUCUUUAUAAUUUUGUUUGUCAUAUAGUAUUUUGGAAUUUGUAUAAUGAGGGUGUUUAGUAGCCAUAGUAAUGGCCUUUUUUUAACAAAUAGAAUUUGUAUUUUUAUUGUACUUUAAAAAGCUUUACAUAAUAAGCGUAUAUUUAGUGGUCAUUUAUUACCGAUCAUAACACCAAAAUAAAUAAUAUUUGCACAUUUUAAGAACUGUUUUUCGUUACUGAUUUUUAUGAUAGUUGACUGCAAAUGGCAUGAUUACAUAUUGCAUAACUGGUCAAUCCAUACAAAAAUACUUAACACAGCACGACAUUUUUAAUGAAAAGGUUGCGUGAUCCAAUUGGAAACUGUAUUUCUAUGUAAAUUGAAAUGUCUGUUUAAUUUUGCCUAAAAUAAAUGUUUUUAAAUAAAUUGCAUCCUGGAA